UUUUUAGUAAAUCGAGACCUCGCCCUUUGCCGCUGCGCUCUCUCUCCUCCGACACCGGCAGCUUCCUCUUCGUCCGGCGACCGACGUCCGCUGCUUUCUCCGAUCUCUACCUCCACCGGCGGCAUCAUUUCCGUCCGACGGCAGCAAAUUAGUUCAGUUCAUCAUUAGGAAUUGCAAGCAGCAGCUUCUAUCCUUCAUCCUCCCGCUGGACCAGAUUCUCCACUUGCCUCUGGUGGUAGAGAACAAUGCUGCUCGAUCGCUAGGUCCACUGCUUGGAAGGGAAGGGGGGCAUCUAAAAGGUCGAGAGACAGAGGAACGAAGUCGAGAAGAGUUCGAUCGGCCUUGGCCCUUGCUCGUCGAUCUAUCGAUCCAUCGAAAGCCGACAAACAGAAGAGCGUUCGGAGAUCGAGGGCAAUAGGGAGGUUUCUAGAGAGAGUUCACCGUCCCUCAUUGUUCGCGAUUUCAACACUUCGUGAUCGAUCGAUUGGUCAAUCUUUUUCUUACAUUCUACAGAACCUUACAAGUUCUUCUCUUCUCUGCGGUUCCCUCUUACAGUGCAAAAAUCGUUGAGGGGGGCUCUUGGUCCGGCUGUGCAGAUCACGUGUUCGAAGAGACUUGCACGAACUUGAGGGUUUAUGAGCGCCGUACGAAGGAUGUCAACCAAGCAGCAGUCAAGGGAUUCAAUGCUACAUCCCAGAACCUGGACUCUCUCUCUAUAUAUGGAAUUUGAUAAACCGUUCCGGAAAACAACCUGAGAAUUCUUGUACUAGUACUGGAGAGAUUUAUGGCAUUUAAUUUGUCAUUGAACAUGAUAUUGCCAGAAACUCAUUCAGCAGUUGGUGAACUGAUUGCAGCACUGAGGUUCCAUCAGCUACUGAUCCCAUUCCUGAUGUGAUAUCUACUUGCAAUUGCUAAAGAGACAGGGCACCGCUUGGGAAUGGAAACAAACAUGUACCCAUCUUCUUCAUUGCUUGGCCAAAACAAAGAUGAGUCAAUUGCUGCUUUGCCUAUUUCUGUACGUGCAUUGCUGGGUUAUACAGACUCAUCUGGGACAAUUCUUAUUUGAAGUUCUUCAAGAAGACAGUGCAAUAUAAAGUCGAUGCAAUACCACCUGUGGCAGAAGCACCAAGGCCUGAAAGUGAAACAGAUGUUCCAGUGGUGACAAGUUGAAUCAUCAAUAGGAAUUGGAGAGGUUUCUAUCUUUCAAACAGAUAUUCUUAAGGAGGCCCCAUUUCUUCAUCAUCGGGAUUCAUCUUCUAGGCUGUCUUUUCUUCUCCUGUUCCUAAUUUCUUUCUGGGCUCAGUUCCUAGCUGCCGAGGAUUAUCACUGAUUAUUUGUAAUAGCGGCUACAUUUUACAACAUUUCUUGCAUUUACGAAAUUAGGUGAGCACACCAAGUUGUUAUUACCUUGGCCUAUCUAUUGUUAUCAUCACUAAUAACAGUGGCCAUCCAGUCAUCCAGGUUUCGAAUUUCGAUUUUUUACGACGGGAUUGGUUGAACCAUUAAGCAAGCAAUUCAUUUUCUUCUUUGAGACCCACAAAUUCUCUCGAAAAAAUCGACCAUCUUGCUUGCAAUCCGAAAUCUCUCUGUAAAAUUCGAUGGUUCUUGUCACCAAACUUGCCAAAAGUUCAUGGUUUUCUCACUGCCAUAUAUUUUUGGUCCCUUCUUUAGAGUCCUUGCACCCUAUUCCCAUUUUGGAGUUCGGAAGAAUGCCACCAUACAAUCUCAUAAGAUAUUCGACAAGUUAUAUUAUGGGGAUGUCAGCAUGCUUAGUAUUGAUAAAGUUAGUAAGUCUGCAAUACGUGCCGACAAAUUCUACGAGGAAGAAAUGGUGGGUGGAGAUUUUGAAAUGGGCAGAAGUGAUAAAGAGAUCAGAAUAGAUGGUUUUGAUUUUCUUUAUUUGAUGGAGGGACGAGGUAUUCAGCCGGACGCCGAGACUUUCGCCUUAUUACUCAAUCAAGCUUGGAGGUUCAAGUCUGUACUGGAUGCUAAGAGGAUUCAUGGGAGGAUUUUGAAGUUGGGGUUUGAGGGAGAACUGUCACUUGGGAAUAAGUUGAUUAAUGUUUAUCGAGAUUUAGGCAGCCUGGCAGACGCGCACCAAGUGUUUGGUACAAUGCGUUGGAGGGAUGGCGUUUCUUUUAGUCAUAUUAUUGCUGCUUGCAUUGCUGAAGGAAGGAAGGUGUCGGCAUUAAAAUAUUUUAUGAGUAUGCAAGAUGAAGGCUUGGAAACCGACCUGGUUACGUUGUCACACGUACUGAAGGCUUGUUUUGGGGGAUCUGUUGGUUUUAGUUUUGUCAGGCAGUUGCAUGGAAAGAUUAUUCGAUUAGGAUUUCAUAUAGAUUUAGCGGUUGGCAAUCCGUUAAUCGAUUUAUAUGCAAAAGCUAGUGACAUCAUUAAGGCUCGUAUGGUCUUUGAUGAAUUGGGUUGGAGAGACAGCACGUCUUGGGUGGCUAUGAUAUCUGGUUAUGCUCAGAACGGUUGCAGUGAAGAAGCUUUAUUUCUAUUCUCUCAGAUGCAAGGAUCUGGUAUUGCACCGACUCCUUAUAUCUUCUCAACUGUGUUGAGUGCUUGUGCGAAAAUUGAACUUCUUGAGGAGGGCAAGCAGCUCCAGGCACAAGUUUAUAAGCUGGGAUUUGGCUCCGAAACUUUUGUUGGUAACGCUCUUAUCACCUUAUAUUAUCGAUGUGGCAGUCCAUUCUUAGCAGAACAGAUAUUCGACAAGAUGAAGCACCGGGACAGUAUUACAUGGAAUUCAAUGAUCUCUGGACAUGCCUUUUGUGGGAAUAGUGAAAGAGCAUUAGAAUUCUUCAUGCAGAUGCAGGUCUAUGGCUUGAAGCCUGAUCCUGUAACUGUUGCAAGUUUGUUGAGUGCCUGUGCUAGUAUUGGUGACUUUUGGAAAGGUCAGGAGCUUCAUGCAUAUGUAACUAAAUCUGGGAUUGAAUCGGAUUACAUUGUUGAAGGAUCUCUGCUUGACUUUUACAUUAAAUCAGGUGACCUUGCUGCUGCCCGUGCAUGUUUUGAUGCGACAAAAAAAACCAAUGUGGUGCUAUGGAAUUUGAUGCUCGUUGCAUAUGGACAAAUUGGCAAUCUAAGUGACUCUCUUGAACUGUUUUCUCAAAUGCAGAUCACAGGGAUAGAUCCCAAUGAGUACACGUAUCCUAGUGUACUAAGGACCUGCACUUUCUUGGGAAACCUUGAUCUUGGAGAACAGAUUCAUGCUCAGACCGUUAAAUCUGGGUUUCAGCUUGAUGUUUAUGUGUCUAGCGUGCUGAUAGACAUGUAUGCAAAAUGUGGAAGACUUGAUAUUGCUCAGAAAAUGCUUGACCGUCUUCCCGAGCAUGACAUUGUUUCAUGGACUUCAAUGAUCUCCGGAUAUUCUCAACAUGACAGAUUUGCUGAGGCCCUGAAUCUUUUUGAAAGGAUGCAGCUUCAGGGAAUGCGUGCUGAUAACAUAGGAUUAUCUAGUGCCAUUAGUGCGUGUGCUGGCCUCCAAGCACUUGAAGAGGGAAAGAAGGUCCAUUCCCAAUCUGUUGUCCAUGGAUAUUCAUCUGAUUUGUCCAUUGGAAAUGCACUUGUAACUUUGUAUGCAAGAUGUGGCCAGAUCAAAGAAGCAUAUGCUGCAUUUCAAUCUGUUGGUGAUGGGGACCCAAUAACAUGGAAUGGCUUGAUAUCCGGAUUUGCGCAGAGUGGACACUCUGAGGAAGCGGUCCAGGUUUUUUCCCGUAUGCACAAGGCUGGCAUUGAAGCAAGCUUGUACACAUUCUGCUCAACCAUCAGUGCUUCUGCAAAUUUGGCAGAUGUAAAGCAAGGGAAACAGAUACACACUCUUGUGAUAAAAGGUGGUCAUGAGUCGGAUACAGAGGCUGGUAAUGUUUUGGUUACACUCUACGCUAAGUGUGGGAGUAUUGAAGAUGCGUAUAGAGAGUUUCUUUUAAUUCCACAAAAAAACGAGGUUUCGUGGAAUGCAAUUAUCACAGGUUAUGCACAACAUGGACAUGGUAGAGAAGCAUUGAGACUUUUUGAGUGGAUGAAAGAAGAAGGCGUGAGACCCAAUCAUAUAACCUUUAUUGGUGUUCUUUCCGCUUGCAGUCAUGUGGGCUUAGUGAGUGAAGGACUUGGCUUCUUCAGGUCCAUGAGUCAUGAGUACAGCAUUUCUCCCAGAUCAGAACACUAUGCUUGUGUGGUUGAUAUUCUCGGCCGCGCUGGAUGUUUCGAUGAUGCACAACAAUUUAUAGAGGAGAUGCCCAUCAGGCCUGAUGCCAUGGUUUGGAGAACACUUCUCAGUGCUUGUACUGUUCGCAAAAAUUUGGAACUUGGGCAGGUUGCUGCACAACACCUUCUAGAAUUGGAGCCACAAGAUUCUGCAACUUAUGUAUUACUAUCGAAUAUUUAUGCAGCACUUAGAAAAUGGGAUGCUCGCGAUCAAAUCAGGCAAAUGAUGAAAGACAGGAGGGUAAAGAAAGGGCCUGGUCAAAGCUGGAUUGAAGUGAAGAACAUCGUACAUGCAUUCUUCGUCGGUGAUCGUCUUCAUCCAUUAUGUGAAAAGAUCUAUGAGUUUUUGGAGGUCUUGACUAACAGAACAUUGGCGAUUGGGUAUGUUCCUGAUCAUCAGAGUCUCCUGCAUGAUCUAGAGCUGCAACAGAAAGACCCUACUGUGUACGUGCACAGUGAAAAGUUGGCAAUUUCUUUUGGACUCAUGAGUUCGCCUCCUGGGAUCCCUCUUCGUAUAAUAAAAAACCUGCGGGUGUGCAAUGAUUGCCAUACUUUCAUGAAGUAUGUUUCCAAGGUUGUUAGCCGUGCAAUUAUAGUACGAGAUGCAAAUCGGUUUCAUCAUUUUGAUAAUGGGACCUGUUCCUGUGGAGAUUAUUGGUGAUAGCGCUGUUCUUCCAUUUCUUUUCUUCUACAGAAUGCAUGUCCAUUAGGAUCAUGAAUCACGGGGUGCACGGGAUAAAGGAGACAUGAAACAAUUUUUUUUUUCAAGCACUUCUUUCCGGCGGUACGUGCUCAUGCAGAACGUACGUCAGUCAGGGCAGACAGGUUAAAAGGGUAUGGAUAAUAAAGUGUCCAGUACGACAAAGAAUAUUGCUUACUGCUUGGAUAAAACCGCGAAGGCAUGCUUCCUGGACCUAUCUACCUGUUGUAUAUUUAUUAGAAACAAAAAAGCUCGAAUCUUCAGCAUACUUCAAAUGGAUCUCUACUGUUCAUUGGUUUUGCUGAAGAAUUAUACCAACAUCCUAUACCAUAUCGCUGUAUCUUCAUGUCACAUUUUAGAAUCGUACUCUUUCUUUCAUUUGGUUGACUCAUUCUGUUAAUUUUUUUUUCUUGUAUGUUGUACAGACUACAGAGUACAGACUGGCCGAUCAGGCUUUUUAGGUCCGUUAUAUAAUUGAAUCUUGGUGGUGUA